GGCUGGACCAUGAGCAUCGGUCCGUAUCUCUGUCGUCAGGAAUGCGUAGAACGCCGGAUGGAAGUACGAUGGUAUUCAGAAGCGCCCUGAAUAUCCCAAGUUGUGGGCCGAGACAUCUUACAUGCUGCAAAAGCAUUUUCAGAUUCUGCCGUUGGUUAAGCAUCUGGUCGGGAUGCCGAUAGGGUACAGUGUGCCUCGGGUUGCAUCCAUGCGUACAUCACACCAAUGACAGGGGUUUCCGUAGUGAGUGUUAUGGCCCCAAAUCAGUGUGACUUGCCCAGUUACUGUGUCUUGUCCCUAGAUCGACGAGCCACCAUUGGGAUGCAGGUGUCCUAGUCCUGCUAGAGUUAAUUACCCAGUUACCCCUCUCGCUAGGAGAGCCCAGCGAAAGGCGCAUCGAAGGCGUCAUGCAACAAUAUGGGAUCUGCACCUGUAGCAGCAACUUGCAAAGGGGAUUCGCAGGCGGUCGUGUAUGAAUGGCUGUUCAUCAGUUCAAUUCGAAUCAGCAGCACCUGGCCGCGUUGCGGGACUGUUGAAUAUAGUAUAAAAACCCGUCGUAAGAACAAUGUUUCCCUCACAUUCAACGCCCGAAAUUUACAUACAUCUCUCAUAAUUCACACUCGCUUAGUGAGAGCCAAAAAUUUUCUUUUGUUCUCUUGAUCACCAACCUCUACCUAGACCAUGGAACAGAUGAUGUCUUACGAGGCUAUCGUCUUUCCCUGCGACGACCGACCGCCUCAUCUCGUUUCCCUCAUGACCAGUCCUAUCUUGAUUCCCCUGGCUAGCCCUGCUGAGCCGUUCCGUUGCGGAAGGAUGCCACAUCCCGAGGUAUAUAUGGACUACAUUGCUGAAGGCCUAGGUCCGCGAGCGUGGCACUACCAGCUAGUGGAAGCACUUGAUGGCAUGAAUAAGAAGUUUACUACUCCAUACAUAAUCUUCUACCCCACUGUGUCUCGGGAUGGGAUGCCUUUCCCCAUCAACAAGUGCAUCCGCGAGAUUCAGAGGAGUUCCUACAAGGACUCAUCUGCCUGGCGAGGCAAUAUCGUCGUCGCGAAGUACUGUGACACUAGGUACUCCGCCAUGAUGAAUGCCUCCAUGGCGGAUUUCCCACUAGUGAAGAACUAUCUUUCUAACCACCACAAGCCAUAGAGUGACGCUACUACCCUAGAUUAGUUUCAUUUCCUUCACGCCUGCGCCUCGACUUUCACUCAUAGAUUCUCCAGUGUGUUGAGCUCCUGCAGGUUCAAGCCCUGUUUUGGACACAACGGUCUUUAUCUCCGGACUUGAUGUUGUUAUACCAUCAUCCUGUAGACUUGUAAUUCAUACUAUAAAUUAUCUAAAUAUCCUCGAUCUCA